AGGACCGCUAGAUAGGCUAUCUAGAAAAUAAAAAAAAUAUUUAUCUAUUCAAAAAAUCUCCUAUGGUAUAAAAGUGACGAUUUUCAGCUAAUUAAACUAUUUCAAAAUGUCCCUGAAUCCUUGGAUUAUUACAUUAUUCACUACUUGCUUCUGGGUAGAUGUUGGAUCACAGAUAAGUGUGGACAUCCCGCCGCUUAGAGCCUCUGAACUAAUUAUUCCGGUUUCUAAUCGAUUUCAACUAAUCAGAAGUGCUCCAGUGACAACUCGAUCGAUAAGCCCAUUUCAAGUGAUGCAGAAGCUUGCUGACGUUCCAGAUGAUGGGGAGACAUUCAGAGAGGGCCCACUGGAUAUUAAUGGGAGAUUGACUGCGCGCCUCGUCUGGAAAUCCUUUGAAGCCGACAUAAACCAACGAAUUGAAGGCGAAUGGAUGUGGGUUCCGCUGAAAGUACUGUCAGCUUACGGUCAAAUAGUGUCCGGAAUGCAAUAUGAUCUAAAAGUUCUGGCGGGAACUUCAAAUUGCUCGAGAUAUCAGGUCAAUGCCUACACGAUUCAGGAGCAGAAUUGUGUGCAUUUUAACGGGCCGAAACGGGCGAUUUUCAACAUUUUGGUGAUGGAACGGAGCUCAAAAAGUUGGUCCCCAUUUAUUCCAGACUGGGAGAGAGUUUUUUCGACAGUUGACAGAGAAAUCGGAGAUAAUGAAGACAUUUGAUUUUUUAAAUUUUUUUUUCGUUGAAUUUUUGUGAUAAUAAAAUGAGAUUUAUUAAU